AUGGCCAGGGAAAUCGGCGGCCGCUUCUGCCUGCCGCUUCCGUUGGCUGAGACUCUGGAUGGCAACGAUGGUGAUGGCGCCACCAGGCUGCCGAGUGCCGCCGGGUCGACGGCUUUGCAGUGGCCAAGGCUUCCUGCCGACACUUUGCAGCUUACCUCAAAGACUUGUUUUGACUUCACGUUGGCGGAGCCGCCCUUUCCAACAACCAGCUCGGCUGCCCCAGCGACAGCGACCACCAGUCAUGCCUUGGUGCCACCCGCCGAACCUUUCCACCAGCCCUCGUGGGGUUACCCCACGGCUCCUCCCGAGCAGCCCCGCACAGCCCGACCACGGAUUGCUGACUUCCCGGGGCUCCUGCCACCGAGGGUGCAGUGGCCUCGCCCCAGCCGGCCCAACCCCGGAGAUCAGGGCUCUGAAGUCCCAGAGAUCCAGACCUCAACUGAUUUGCCGACGAAAGCCGGGAAGAGUGCACCCGUUAAAGCUGGAUCUCAGGUCACGAAGCCCCAACAGCACCGGCACAAAAAGGGUAAGGAAGACGAAGACAAGGACGAAGACAAGGACGAAGACAAGGACGAAGACAAGGACGAGGACAAGGACGAGGACAAGGACGAGGACGAGGACGAGGACGACCGAAGAAAGGACAAGGACCAGCGGCCGGAAGGGCACAAAGGUGACACUGGGCACAAGAUGGAUGACGCGCCGCCCACAACAGAACCCGCCCCAGUGGAGGACAGGGAAAGUCAAAAAGACACAGUGACUCACCAGCCAGCUGCGACAAAACCCAAAAGCGGAAAGGUGGAUCAGAAGCUGAAGAAGCCCGCGCCCAAGACCGGGCAACGAAACAGCACUGAAAUCAAAACGGAUGCCACUGGAACAGCGGAGAACGUUUCUUCGCACCACCACGAGCCAGGCAGAAGGAUGUGGGGAAACACUGCAAGGAGCUCAGAAACCGCCGAGUUGGCCAGACUGUUGUCUCAGGACGACAAGGGCCUCGGCGCCUGGCUCCGCAAGACUGCCUGGGACAUUGCUGGCGCCUGGCCCGUUUUGGUGGUGCUCGGCGUGGUCUUCGCAUCUCUGCAGGGCACUGGGUAUUUGGCAUUCAUGCGAUUCUGCGCUUGCCCUUUCACAUUUGGCGUCCUCUUCCUGCUCAUACUUGCAACAAGUGGUAUGUCAGUGUAUUCCUUGGCAAUUAUACGCACGGACGAGGAGGCAGCAGAGCAACUGUUUGGCCGAUACUCGGAUCACCCCGUCCUGCUCAGUCAAGUUGUUGGCUGGUCAUGUGCAGGAGUUUGUGUCUUACUCCUGGGCAUCUCCAUUGCCAUCUUUCCCACAAUGCGCCGGGCUAUCGGCUGCAUUGAUGGAGCUGCGCAGGCGAUUUGGGAGGAGCCUCCGCUGCUGCGGUUGCCCGCCGUAGAGAUGAUGAUCAAGACGCUGUUCUCCAUCAGCUGGCUGAUCUUCUUCAGCUUCGUCAUCACAAGCGGCCAAAUUGACCCGCCGACCUUGGACGUCAAUGGAACGCCGGUGUACACGCGGAUUCGGAGGUUCAACUCAACGCCUCUGCAGAAGUUUUACGUCUUUGUCUAUGUUGGAGGAUACCUUUGGACGCUGGAAACGCUUAGCCUGAUUUUCCACUUCGCAGCCAGCUUCUAUGCUGUAAGCUGGUACUUCACGCCAUGCAGGGCCGAGGGCAACAAGGUGGUGGAGACAUGGCUGUGGCGAACUGGAAUUGCAUAUGCUUUGAGGUACCACUUGGGCAGUAUGGCCAUGGGUGGUUUUAUGACGAUGGUCUUCCGCCCAAUCCACGCGCCGAUGGCUGUCUUGGCAAAGCUGGCUAAAGCUGGCGAGAGGCAUGCGCCGGAUGGCAUCAUGUCCAAUUCCCUGGGCUGCGUUUGGUGCUUUGAAGAAGUUGUUCGCUUUGUCAACAAGAAUGCAAUCAUUUGCAUGGUGUUGAACUCAAACAAUUACUUCGUCUCUGCCACGGCAGCAGUCCAGACUUUGACAAAAGCUGGAAAGGACAUUGCAUUCCUGAAUGGGUUUACUGGCAGUCUGCACAGUCUUGGCAUGCUUGCCACGGCAUGCCUGACGGCUUACCUGGCAUUGCUUGCUUUGGGCGGACUGGACAUUUUUGCAGACCAAAGCUCGCCGCUGUUCGUGGAGAAUAGAAUUGCAGUUAUUGUCGCUGUUGGUCUUCUUUCGGGUGCAGUGGCAUCAAGCUUCAUGAGCCUUUUCGAUGUCGUGUUCGACACGCUGAUCUUCUGUUGGCUGGCAGACCUGCAGCCGACCGAAACUGUUUUCGUUCCGCACAGCUUGCUGAACGCCCUGGGACAGCCGCAGGGGCGAAAGGAGCUCUCCGACGCGGAGAUUGAUGUGGAGUUCGGUCGGCAACCGGCUGUGGGUCCAGGCUCAGCAGCUGCGUCUGUUAGCAGCCCAUCGAAUCAAGAUGGACGAGAGGCGGCAAAGAGGGAAGCAGCACGAAAGGCUGCUGCGGAGCAGGAAGCCCUCCGCAAAGCAGAAGAGCAAGAGGCACUUCGGGAAGCUGCGGAACGCGAAGCAUCGCGGAAAGCAAAGCAAGCCCGCGAAGCACAGGAGGCGGAGCGUGCGAAAUGGCGGAAGCUCCAAGAGGAGGAGGCUGCGCGCCAGAAAGCAAAAGAGGAGAAAGCAAAGGAGAUCGAGCUAGCAAGAGCUGCUGCGGAGGAGAUCCGCAGGGCUCAGUUUGAGGAGGAAGAGAGGAAGCUGCAGUCCUCACAACCUGUGGCUCCCAUGCAAGCCCCAAGCAUGCCAGCUUCCAAAGAAGUUGCCGACACUCCCGUGGAAGCGGAGCCGGCGGAAGCAGCAUCGGCUGCCCAAGCCGAGGAAGCAGCGACCAGCGCGCCCUCAGCCGUGCCGGAGGCAGAAGCCUCCGAGGCGGUGGCGGUGCCUGAUAGGCCCGAAGAAGUCGCAACGGCUGAGAGCAACUCGGCUCCUGUGGGGGCACCGGCUGAGGAGAGAAGCCGCCCAGCCCCCGAGCGCCCCGAAGGGGAUUCGCUACAGGCAGCAGAGCAGUCAGAGGUUUUCAAGGCCGUGGGCCAAACGGAUCCUUUCGCGGCGCCUUCAGAGGUGCCCUCGACACUGAACUGGGUUGCAGACUUCGAGUCUGCUUCGCCCAAAGUGGAGCCCGAAAAGGCUGGUGAGUCUGGUGUUGCCGUGGAGACACCUGCGGCAUCGGCAGGCUAG